CUGAUAUCAUAAAACUGGAGCUAUUGGAGCCGCUCGCCGGGUCAAGUUCGAAGUAGUAAUUGAAGAGUGGAAAACUGUAGCCAACCAGAGACCGCAGAACAUAAGAUGUCCGGUUCUCCGAUGAUGCUUCGAGGGCUCCAUGCUGACCGUUAGAUGGCGUCACUCUCCGCCACGGAGAGCUGUCCGCCGUUGCACGUGCUGACACAAGCCCUGCCCUAGAGGGGUUCUCACGUGAUAGCUCCGGACGCUUGCUCCGAAUGGGCAAUGUCAGUGACAUCAGCGACGAUAGCCUUUUUUCUUCACCUGCAGUUCAAGACUUUCUCAAUGCCUCAGCAGCCGGCAGGAAUUGCUUAAGUUGACGGGAAACACGCGGAGAUCAACAAUCCAGGCACACUGUCUGACGGUUUUACUUGUAGGGGGAUCCUGCAUUCGGUGAUAUAACACUCGAAUCAUUACUGAAUCGACUCUCGGGUUUAGUUUCACUUUCUUAUCAAGUUCCAUUCUCUAAUACAUUGUCAUCGGCAUGAUGGCUACGACACACGCCCCCGCGGAGCCUGCCAAGCGCCGCCGUAUCGGUGUCUUGACCUCUGGUGGUGAUGCUCCUGGUAUGAACGGCGCCGUCCGGGCUGUCGUUCGCAUGACUAUCUACUCCGGAUGUGAAGCCUAUGCUGUCUACGAAGGUUACGAAGGUUUGGUCCAUGGCGGAGAUAUGAUCCGUCAGCUACACUGGGAAGAUGUCCGUGGCUGGCUCUCCCGGGGUGGUACCCUCAUCGGUUCAGCUCGUAGCAUGGCUUUCCGGGAACGUGCCGGUCGUCUGAAGGCCGCUAAGAACAUGAUUGUCCGGGGUAUUGAUGCUCUGGUGGUUUGCGGUGGUGAUGGAAGUUUGACUGGUGCUGACCUCUUCCGUUCCGAAUGGCCUGGUUUGCUGGAAGAACUGGUCAAGACGGGCGAAUUGACCGAGGAACAGAUUGUUCCUUACAAGGUGUUGAACAUCGUUGGUCUGGUGGGCUCGAUUGAUAACGACAUGUCCGGCACAGACGCUACCAUCGGCUGCUAUUCCUCCCUCACCCGCAUCUGUGAUGCGGUCGACGACGUUUUCGACACCGCUUAUUCCCACCAGAGAGGCUUCGUUAUUGAAGUCAUGGGACGCCAUUGUGGCUGGCUGGCCUUGAUGUCGGCUAUCAGUACUGGCGCCGACUGGCUCUUUAUCCCCGAGAUGCCACCCCGUGAGGGCUGGGAGGAUGACAUGUGCUCUAUCAUCACCAAGAACCGUCAGGAGCGAGGCAAGCGGAGGACGAUUGUCAUUGUGGCCGAGGGCGCUCAUGACCGUCAACUCAACAAGAUCACGAGCAGCAAGAUUAAGGACAUUCUGACCAACCGACUUGAUCUGGAUACUAGGGUGACCGUCCUGGGUCAUACUCAACGAGGAGGAGCAGCAUGUGCCUAUGACCGUACCCUCUCGACCCUACAGGGCGUGGAAGCCGUUCGUGCCGUUUUGGAUAUGACACCCGAAUCUCCGUCCCCGGUUAUCACCGUCCGCGAGAACAAGUUGCUGCGCACGCCGUUGAUGGAUGCAGUGAAGGCCACCAAGGAAGUCGCCGACCUCAUUCAUGAGCGCAAAUUCGACGAGGCUAUGCAUCUGCGCGACUCCGAAUUCAAGGAGUACCAUUUCGCCUACAAGAAUACUGCUACCCCCGACCACCCCAAGUUGAUCCUCCCAGAAAACAAGGUAUGCCGUGCUCUAUGGCUGUGCGAAAACAAAGCUAACGUUCUGCAGCGGAUGCGCAUUGCCAUUAUCCAUGUCGGUGCACCUGCCGGAGGUAUGAACCAGGCCACCCGUGCUGCCGUCGCCUACUGCCAGACUCGUGGACACACGGCCCUCGCCGUUCACAACGGUUUCCCCGGCCUCUGUCGGCACCAUGCAGACAGCCCUGUUAGCUCUGUGCGCGAGGUCAGUUGGGAGGAGCAGGACACCUGGGUCAACGAAGGUGGUUCAGACAUCGGAACCAACCGAAGUCUGCCGUCCGAGGACUUUGAGACCACUGCCAAGUGUUUUGAGAAGUUCAAGUUCGAUGGUCUGUUUGUCGUUGGUGGUUUCGAGGCUUUCACUGCUGUUAGCCAAUUGCGCCAGGCCCGCGAGAAAUACCCAGCCUUCAAGAUCCCCAUGGUCGUCUUGCCGGCCACCAUUUCAAACAAUGUUCCGGGUACCGAAUACUCCCUGGGCAGCGACACCUGCCUAAACACUUUGAUCGACUUCUGUGACGCUAUCCGUCAAUCAGCCUCGUCCUCCCGCCGCCGUGUCUUCGUCGUCGAAACCCAGGGUGGUAAGUCCGGUUACGUCGCCACGACCGCGGGUCUUGCGGUUGGUGCCUCGGCCGUUUACAUCCCAGAGGAAGGCAUCGAUAUCAAGAUGCUGGCACGCGAUAUCGAUUUCCUGCGCAACAACUUCGCUCACGACAAGGGAGCCAACCGCGCCGGAAAGAUCAUUCUGCGCAAUGAGACCGCUUCCAGCACCUACACCACACAGGUCAUCGCCGACAUGAUCAAGGAGGAAGCCAAGGGCCGCUUUGAGUCGCGUGCGGCAGUUCCCGGUCACUUCCAGCAGGGUGGCAAGCCCUCUCCGAUGGACCGAAUCCGCGCCCUGCGCAUGGCCAUCCGAUGCAUGCAGCACAUCGAAGGCUUCUCUGGCAAGUCCGCCGACGAGAUUGCCGCCGACGAGCUCUCUGCGACCGUCAUCGGUGUCAAGGGAUCCCAGGUACUCUUCUCCCCGAUGGGCGGCGCCAACGGUUUGGAGGCGACCGAGACCGACUGGCCACGCCGUCGCCCCAAGAACGAAUUCUGGCUCGACUUGCAGAGCACCGUCAACAUUUUGUCCGGUCGCGCCAGCUUCGGCGAAGGCAAGACGAGCUGGUCUUGCUACGAAAACUGUUAAACGUUAGCAUCAGAACAAGAACUUGCACUGUUAAAAGGCGUUAAUGAGCUGGGUGGUUAGAAUCUCGUGGCCGGUGGGAAGACUGGUCGUCUUCCCUUUUACAUACAUACCUGGCCGGAAAGAAUAAAAACGAAACUUGAGAUGCAGUGAUGGCUGCUACGUAUGUAUCAUGACAGACAGGAAUUAUUGAAUG